AUGUCGUUGAUACCUCUCGUGUUAUCCAUCAUUGCUGGCAUCUGCACUACUCUUGUCGCUGCCCUCGGCAUCAACUUUCUCACAAAGCUACUGCCCACCCGCUACCAUGCGGCCGAGAACCCCAAGGAUGACCACAUUCAGAUCCUGGUCCUCGGCGAUAUAGGCCGUAGCCCUCGCAUGCAGUAUCAUGCCAUGAGCAUCAUGAAGCACGGCGGUAGGGUUGAUCUUGUUGGCUACAAGGAGACUGCCCGCCAUCCGGAUCUCGUUGGCAACGAGAGAGUGGCUUUGUACCCAUUGCCGCCCCUCCCAACCGUCUUCAAGUGGAAUACCCUGCCGUUUCUCAUCAACAAGCCCGCCAAAGUUGUCUGGCAAGCCUAUUCCAUCUUCUACGUUUUGGCAUAUACCGCACCCCCAGCUCGAUGGAUUGUCAUUCAGAAUCCCCCUUCUAUUCCGACGCUGCACUUGGCUUUGCUCGUGUCCCUCCUGAGAGGAAGCCACUUGCUCAUUGACUGGCACAACUAUGGCUGGUCCAUCAUGGCCACCGGUCGCAGCCAGAAGAACCCCCUGGUAUGGCUCUACAAGAAGUAUGAGAUGUACUUCGGAAGGGUGGUCCCCACGGCCAACCUCACUGUCACCGACGCCAUGGCGCGGCAGCUCAAGGAGAAGCCGUAUAGUAACAAGAAGCCCAUCUUCACCUUGCACGACCGGCCUGCCGAGGUAUUCCAGCCCAUCGCAUCAACCAAAGCCCGACAAGACUUUCUCUCGCAUCUUAAGGAGACCAAGGAUGUCGCCGACAGCAUCAUCGCCGGGACCACUCGCCUCAUUGUCAGUAGCACUUCGUGGACCCCUGACGAGGAUUUCGGUCUCCUACUAGACGCCUUGGUGGCCUACGCGCACCCCGAAGAGGCUGUCACCGAGAAUGGCGUCGGCCGGCCUCCGAUUCUGGCCAUCAUCACCGGCAAGGGCCCCCAAAAGGCCGAGUACGAGGAAAAAAUCAAGAACCUCCGUCUGGAGGGCAAGCUCCCCGGUAUCACCAUCCUGACCGCAUGGCUAUCAACCCGCGAGUACGCCACGCUGCUCUCUUGUGCCGACCUUGGUGUCUGCCUGCACAAGUCUAGCUCUGGUGUCGACUUGCCGAUGAAGGUGGUUGACAUGUUUGGUUCGGGGCUACCUGUGGCUGCAUACUCUGCGUAUGAGAGCUUCGGCGAGCUGAUCAAGGAGGGCGAGAAUGGAUGCGGAUUUGAGACGGCCACUGAGCUGGCUGAAGUCCUCAUCAGGCUACUAAGUGAGAGUGGCAAAGAAGAGCUGAAGACAUUGAAGGCGGGGGCUAUUAAGGAAGGAAGCUUACGCUGGGAUGAGGAGUGGGAUCGCGUCGUUGGGCGGAUUGUGGGUGUGAUUGAUAGCUGA